GUGGUUUUCGAGCCGUUACCUGGUUCGCGGCUGAGGCUCGCCGAGGCCAGAAUGGCCUUUUCGCUCCUUGUUCAAGACGCUUCGCGUAACCCCACCAGCGUCCGUAGCCACGUUGGCUCGGACGAAGGUGGUGAGUUGCGACCAUGGGAGUCCGCGGCCUCACCACCUUCGUGAGUCCGCACAACCGUGGCGAUCUCUGGACUCGUGAAAAGUUAGAGAGAGGCACUCGCAUCAUCAUCGACGGCCCCAGCUUCACCGCCGCGAUCGUCACUUACGCUGGAGGUUGGAAGACAGGUGGGGACACGUCUCGUCUGGCCGCCGCCUGUUUCGACCUGCUGUCCCUGGCCAAGGACAGCGGUAUCGAGAUGCACUUCGUUUUCGAUGGCAUCAGUGGAACAGACAAACAUCUCACACUUUUUAACCGUAGGCUUGAAGCAUAUAACACUUUGCUGAAAGUCAUGAGUGGCGAAGACGUUGGCCGUCAGACAGUUUCACCAGAAUUUUCCAUCGGCGUCGUUAUCGAGGUGCUGGAACUCCUCGAAAUCGACCGGACCUUCUGCCAUGGCGAGGCAGAUGCAACUGUCGCUUGGCUGGGGAAGUCCUCCACGGCGUACGUGGUCAGCUCAGAUUCAGACUUGAUGUUGGCCGACUCGUCGGGGUAUAUAUCUUGCGAGGACUUCAUCGAGGGGCGGAAGGUCGGCUUCGUGGUCCAGGUCCUCCACAGGCACUCGCUAUUGAGAGAGCUCCAGAUUGUCAACAGCGGCUUCUCUGUGGACGAUUUGUCUCUAUGGGCCAGCCUCAGGGGGAACGACUAUAUUUUCCUUGAAGACCUCGAGAGGUUCCACAGCAGCCUCUUUCAGAAGAGCGCUUACAAUGUCAAAAGCGCCCAGAAGCAUCUUGACCGAGUGACACAUCGUCUGUGCAGCGGACGCGUAGAUUCGACCAACCUCCGCGAAAUCAACAGCUCCAGCUCCGCGAGCAACGAGAAAAAUCAAAAGUUCCACCAGCAGCGCGAGGCCCAGAAGCAGCAGGAACUGAAGGAGCGGGAGCAGUUCAACGGCAGCGCGAGGCGCGACUUCAACAUCAUGGUGGCGCUGGCCGACAAAGUGGUCAAAUUACGCAAGGUGGACGUUGCGGCGGAGGUGUGGGGCGACUUGGCUCGAAACGGAGCGCCUCGUGGCGACGUGCUGAUCAAAGGGCUCACGACCAGCUUAGAGACUUACAAACAAAUCGUGCAAGGAACACAACCGCAGGAGCACGCUCCAGGAGUCGGGGGCAGAGAGAUCCCAUCGUAUGUGCCGCUCGACGUGGUUCACUUGAUGAUUCGAUGGAAGUACGUGUGCAAGCUAACCAUGGAGGACCCCAAGUGGGCCAAGCAGAACAGGGACGCCACCGCCCUGAUGGUUACCAGGCCCAUCCGGGAGGCCAUCUACAGGCUCGUCAUGUCCAACCGGGAGUUGGACCGUAUGUCUCUGCAGGAGGAGACCUAUCCUGACAGUGCCAUCACGCUCUGCGCUGCUGCUGCUGCAGAGCCGCUGAUCCUGAGCGAAUGGCCUUGGUGUCUGGCCCCUGACGCUGACAAUGGCGCUGCCUUUGAGGGCUUUGACACCAAGCGCUACAUGUUGGAGGCGAUGGGUUGGCCGCCAGCGAUGUACCAGGAGUUGGACAACAUAAGCAGUGCUAAGCGCCUGCCUCUGAUGGCAUUGACGUUUGCUGUGGUGAACAAUCAGCACUCCUUCAACUGGGUGAACAUCGCCGCCAUCGUGACGAUGUUCAGCACCAGCCAUGCUAGGCGCAAGGAGAUUUUGAAAGAGUGGGAGUUGGGCAAGGUAGAGCAGCCGAUGCCAGGGCCCACCCAUGACUUCGGUCUCUACCGCUCCAGUUUGAGCGCCGCCGACAAGCUCAGCCAGUGCCUGCAGCGCCCCCUUGGCCCCGUUGGUCCGCUGUCUGAGUGGCACGACGGCACCUUCUUGCACAGCUUUUUCAACAAGGCGCGCAAGGAUUCGGGUUCCGGCAUCAGAGUAAGCACGUUUCUGAAUGCGGAGGAAUUGAAUGAGUUCAAGGCCUAUAUGAUCACGCUGUUUGGUGCUAUGGAGGCGAUUGAGUCCAAUACUGAGACGAACAUCAACGUCGUCGGGCGCUUCAUUUUCAGCAAGGCGGAUGGGGAUAGACCGGAUGUGUUCUUUCCCACCGCGAGGAAGUAACCGGGUGCGAAUAAUUUGUUGCAAGCGCCGAGUGCAGGGGAUUGAUUUUGUCAGUGUUACAUUUUCAGAACAUGUCAUAAGGACAAGUUUUGAGCGUUGUGCGCGGCAAUUCCUUGUGGUCCCAACGGUUCUUGCGUUAAGAACCUAGAUGUUCGCUUAGACUGCAAGAACCCAGGGUUCUUGCAUUUUGAACCAUUUUCCAAAAUUGAGCCGAUACAUUGCAAACGCCGCUCGCUGCUCAGCUAAACCCGUGCCGGGGAGGAGG